AUGCUGUUCGCGAAUGUUGUCCAUAUCGAGGGUGGUGCUGAGGGCGACGUUGAACCAGAGCAGGCCGAUGCAGGAGGGAGCAACGCGAAAUCUCUCCAAAUGAACGACAAUAACGAAAAAGACGACGCUGUGUCAUCAUCAGCGGCUCGAAAAUCUGCCAUCCCGCGAACAGUCGUGAAUCACCUGCAGGAACUCUCCACCGCUGCUGCAUCAACACUUGCACCUACCUCCACACAGCACCUUCUGAAACGCAGCUCUAAUUAUACCUCACAGAAGCCUCGUAAUAUGGACGAGAUAUCCCAAGCAUCAAUGGCCCGUCCCAAAAAAUCGGUGCCGCCCCAUUUGAAGAAAGUGGCAUCCGCCACUGAGAAGACCGCAUCCUCAGGUGGCGUCGCCAUUGGGAAUGGASCAGGUCGCAAUGCAGGUGCACUUCCAAAUCGGUCGAAGGCAAGCGAUACCUCUCGUGGUCGAGGAAAUACCCGGGGUGGCCGAGGCGGCGGAAAUAGUUUCGCAGCAGCUCGUGCAGAAAUUCCUAAGCCCGACCCGGAUCGAUGGAAGACAGACUGGAACGCCAACAAUGGUUAUGACAGCAGCUCUGUCGACACCGGAAGGGCUUCCAGCGGAUGGGGUACCAAGAAGAAGAAGCGCAAUGGUGAAACGAGCGGCUCCCCAGCAGUCGAUUGGAGUGGCGGGCUUGCUCCUCCCCCGCCAGACUGGGACAGCAGACCCGGCUUUCGAGUGGAUCAGUCCUCCAAGAAGAUCAUGGAGUGGAUGGGCGAGAUUGAAAGUCGGCUUUGUGGCCUCGAUACUAAGGUGUCGCUGGACAAUGUGAUGGCCGCGGACGGCACUACUUAUGUCUUCUGUCUGUCGACUCUUCAGCCAGACAAGCCUCCAAUCAACCCGAGCAUCAGGCAGAUGGGUGAAAUCGUGCCGCAUUAUUGGAUCCCCCUGAUCAUCGGUCUACAAGCUCCGCAGGUUUUCUGGAAUGAGCUCGUGCUGUCCAACGCUCCAUCGCCUGAUCACCCCAUUGAUCUCGAGGGCGCCAAGCCAUGGUGGGAGUUGUUCGUCAAAAGUGAGGAGUUCAGCCUAACCUUCCUCAAAGAGCUCGCUUCCCCGAUUGUCAUUGGUAUCGAUCCAGACCAGGAAGACGAUGAGCAGCGACUGAAGCGCAAGCAUGACAAGGGAAGCCGCAAUUUUGCGGAAAAUCGGAGACGCUACGAGCUUGAGCGCCUACAGGAGAAGGUCGAUAAGGAGAGGCGUAUCGCAGAAAAGCAGCGUAAGUUGGCCGCCGCAAGGGCUGCCUCCAACACGCCAAACAACCCGAACCGCAUCAAACCAGGCUUCAAGCUUUACGUCCGAUCCGCUCGAGUAGAUGACAUGGCUGCCGUGAAGGACAUUUACAAUUACUAUAUUGAGAACACAAUAUCUGCACCUGAAAUGGAUCGGUGUAACAAGGAUCAGAUGGUCGAGCGGUACAGAGACAUCAGAAUGCGGAGAAUGCCAUUCCUGGUGGCCUACAAGCCCGGCGGCGUCGUCAAGGCUCCGCGCAACAAGAAGAACCAAACGAACCACCCAACACGCGAUGACGUCCAACUUCCAGACACGAUCGUGGGCUUCGCAUUGGCUGAUGACUACAAUGAAUGCCGGGGAAUGUACCGCUUCACUGCGGAGAUCAAGUUCUACACACGAGACACUGACUACAUGAACGGCGUCGCGAGCUGCCUGGUGGAUAGACUCAUGGUACUUCUGGAUUCGACGUAUGAGGAACGCGGUGGCUACGAGGCUCUAGGUGACGAUAUCAAUGGUCUCGACGAUACCGUCAGGAUCAUCAAGAACGUCGUCAUCAACCUCCCGUACGAGAAGCCUGAGAGGCUGGAGUGGGUGGGCAGGUGGUUGGAAGGAUGGUUGGCAUUCAAAGAGGUUGGCCUUUUGGAGAACAUCGGGACCAAGAAUGGCAAAGCGUCAGUUGUCCUCUCUCCUGGUUACCAUUAG